GGCUAAAUAAUGGUGCUUUUGCUAUGAUUCAGUGGUUCCAUGAUCCGAAUUAUGGAUGCCAAAUUCUCCGUUUCUAGGUCUUUUCUUCCCUCGUCCGAUCGAGCUUCCUUCCUCUAUGGCUUAUAUACCCAUUGAUUUGCGCGGAAAGUUUUGGAGAUUUAGGUGUUUACAAGGUGUUCGAUAGAAUGACUGAGAGACAUACCUAAAACUUGUUCGUUUCUUCUCAUAGAGCCGUUUAGUUUGUAGACUCUUACAUGUUUACUAUAAUUAAGUUUAGUCUGCGAUAUGUGUGUGUGUGCAGAAGGUAUACAAAAAAAAUGAUUUAUUAGAUAAAUAUGGCUUCGGUUCACGAACUGGGACGAUUUGGACGAGCCAGAAGUUUUCUGACUCGCCAAAAACGUGCUGCAGACGGGUUAGACUGGAAUCGGGCGCCCGAUCGAGCCCGAGGCUGCCCGUUUUGCACCCCUAGUCCGAAGUUACUUUGUGUGUGACUGUGUAUCCUUUUUUUUUAUUUGUUUCUUCCCUUUUCAGUUUUUGUCCCUCCGGUGAUUGUUUCUCCGAGUCCUUCCUGUUCUCGCGACGAUGUCGAGAUUCAGGAUUGCAAAUGCCUUUCCCUUCUCGAGGUUCUUCAGGCAGCUUGAGCAAGAGGCGGAAACUGUGAUCAAUGUUCUGCAGCCUGGACCAUUAGGGAUCAUAGAACACAAGUUCUCGGCCCAGGAAAUUCGCGAGGCUAAAGCUACAAUCCAUAGAGCUGUGGAGAACUGGCGGAGGCAUGCUGAGCAAGAGACCAACAAUGGUGUCUUAAAAGACUACAUCUCUAAGUGAAGUCAAAGUCAACCCAUUUCAAGUAACCCACAGUUUCAGCUCAAGAAGACGAGAAAAGGGAAAGGUUCUGUCUUUGUAAUAAUAUAAGACAAGCCAGAUCUAGGAAUUUUCCAGAUACAUUCAUUACGGUACAUCAUUGGAAUGAUUUGAUAAAAUAUGAUAUACUAUAUAACCUAUGAAGAAUUCUCAACCA